AUGCCGGCCCUCGUCACCAACGGCGCCACCACCGCCGCCGCCGCCCAGCCGAGCAAAAAUCAUGGCCUCACAAAGCUGACCAACUGUCGUCUCCUCCUCGGUGACCGCCUCGUUAAAGGCGAUCUCUGGGUCAGCUCCGAGACGGGCAAAAUCGUCAACAGCCAGACCGUCUUCUUCGACGACCUCGUCCUCCCCGACCAGACCGUCGACCUCGGCGGCCGCAUCGUGUCGCCCGGCAUGAUUGAGUGCCAGCUCAACGGCGCCUUUGGCUUCAACUUUUCUACCCUGCUUGACGACAUGUCUCACUACGGCAAAAAGGUCAAGGAGUGCCAGAAGCUCCUGGUUCAGACCGGCGUCACUUCGUACAUUCCCACCAUCACCAGCCAACGGCCGGAGCUCUACCAAAAGGCCCUCCCCUUCCUAGGCCCGUCCGGCCACUCCCACAAGGCCGAGGACGGCGCCGAGUCCCUCGGCGCCCACUGUGAGGGGCCCUUCCUCAACCCGACCAAGAACGGCGUGCACAACGUCGACGUGCUCAUCGAGGCGCACACCUUUGCCGACCUCGAGGCCUGCUACGGCGCCGCCAACCUGACCCCCGCGACACCCGGCGGCACCAUCCCCGUGCGCAUGAUCACGGCGGCCCCCGAGCGCGGCGACAUGAUGCGGCUCAUCCCCGACAUCACCGCGCGCGGCAUCCGCUACGCCGUCGGCCACUCCGAGGCCACCUACGAGGAGGCCUCGCAGGCCGUCGGUCAGGGCGCAACCAUGAUCACCCACCUCUUCAACGCCAUGCGCCCGCUGCACCACCGCAACCCGGGCAUCUUUGGCGUCCUCGGCGAGGCCGAGAGCCUGCCGCGCCCCUUCUACGGCGUCAUCGCCGACGGCAUUCACCUCCACCCGACCACCGUCAAGAUCGCCUUCAACGCCCACCCGGACGGCUUCAUCCUCGUCACCGACGCCAUGCACCUCGUCGGCCUGCCCGACGGCGCCUACCCCUGGACCAACGGCGAGACGACGGCCAACAUUGUCAAGAAGGGCUCCAAGCUGCUGCUAGAGAAUUCCGACACCAUCGCCGGAAGCUCCAUCACUCUACUAGAGUGUGUCAACAACUUCCUGGAGUGGUCCGGCGAGGGCAUCCCCCAGGCUCUCAAGGCCGUCACCGCCACCCCGGCGGCCAUGAUGGGGCUGCAGGGCGUCAAGGGUACGCUCGAGGCGGGCGCGGACGCUGAUUUGCUCAUCUUUACCGACGAGAUGACGGCCAACGGGCAUCACAAGCUCGUCCUGGACGAGGUGUGGAAAUUUGGUGCCCGUCUGCCCCGGGCCGAGGCAUAG